AUGUAUACAGAACUGAUCUCCACUCGAUUUGCCUCGAUUCCAUUGUCCUUACCAGCGCUCUGUGCGACGCUGGCUGUGGUUUAUGUGAUCUACCUGGUGUACAAGGUCGAAGUCCACCCCCGUCUUUUCAACCCGUUUCGACAUCUCCCCACAGCAAAAGGUGGACUACCUUUCUUAGGCCAUGGGCUCCUUCAAUUCACCAACCCCCGUGGACAAGCCUAUUUGGACAUGGCAAACUCGGUACCCAACCAGGGUCUGAUUCACUUCCGCGGAUUUAUGAAUGUCAACCAUGUCCUGGUAGUUAGCAACGAGGCCCUCUCUGAGGUGCUGGUUCGUCGCGCGUACUCAUUCACCAAGCCAGCGGUGUCUCGACGACUGAUGAGCCGAAUCCUGGGGCCGUCUCUCCUCAUCUUGGAAGGCGAUGAGCACAAAUAUCUUCGUAAACGCAUUCAGCCGGCAUUCAACCAUCGAACCGUGCAAGAUCUUUGCCCCAUCUUCUGGUCAAAGGCCAUAGAUAUGGUAGAAACAAUGGAACGGUCCACCGCCUCGGCUGACUCAAAGCACUCCGUAGUAGACAUUCUGCCCUGGGGAAAUAAAGGUACCCUUGAUGCUAUCGGUCUCGCUGCAUUGGGCAAAGACUUCGACACACUACGUCAACCGAAUGAGCUCACGGAGUUAUAUGAGCUGUUGACUGGCAGCAAAGAAAGCGUUCGUCACUUGUUCAUAGCCAACGCCUUUUUGCCCGCCUGGGUGCUACAACUCCUCCCACGAAAGUUCAACCGCGACCUUGAUGAAGCUCGCAAUAAGUUGCGACAGCUUUGCUUUGCCUUUGUCGAAGAGAGAAAGAAGGAAGUUGCCGAAGGCACCGGACAAAAAGCCCUCUUACUGCAGCUCAUACAAAGUGGAACGCUAACGGACGAGGAACUGGUUGGCCAGCUUCUAACAAUCAUCGGCGCAGGAUACGAGCCUACCUCAGCAACUUUUACCUGGGCUCUGUGGCUAAUUGCCACCAAUCCCACCUGGCAAGAUCGACUCCGUACCGAAAUUCGCGAACAUAUUCCCUACCGCUUUUUCGACAACGACGCAGAAAGGUUCAGCGACUCUGCUACCCUCGAUACCCUCCCCGUCCUCAACGCCGUCGUCAACGAAACACUACGUCUCAUGCCAACCUCACCCAUUACCUCACGCGUCGCCGUAGAAGACACCACCAUCGUUGGUACCCGCAUCCCAGCCGGAACGCGUCUGUGGGUUGUUCCCGCGGCUAUGAACCGCUUUGCAUCGUUCUAUGGAGAGACUGCAGAUACUUUUGAACCGGGUCGUUGGAUUGAUGAAGACAGCGGUCGAGCGAACAACCAUGGUAAUGCACACACCAAUUACGCUUUCAUGACAUUCUUGCAUGGACCGCGCAAGUGCAUUGGAGCGGGCUAUGCAAAGGUCGAGUUACGGGCUUUUAUCUCCGCCUUUGUGGGUAGCUAUGAGUUUGAGAUGGCAGAUAAAACCUAUGUGCCACAACCUGCUGGUAUUACAGCUAUCAAACCCAAGGAUGGUUUGCCGUUGAAAUUGAAGCGUACACAAGCGUGGUAG